AUGUGGUCCAACUGCAGCAGCACAGCCCCCUUCUUGCUGACUGGCUUUCCAGGCAUGGAAGCAGCUCACCACUGGAUCUCCAUCCCCUUCUUUGCAGUGUAUGUUUCUAUUAUUUUUGGCAAUGGCACUCUCCUCUUCCUCAUAAAGAAUGACCACAGCCUCCAUGAGCCCAUGUACUAUUUCCUAGCCCUGCUGGCAGCCACAGAUCUUGGAGUGACCUUAACCACAAUGCCCACUGUUCUGGGGGUCCUAUGGCUGGAUCAGAGAGAGAUUGGCCAUGGCAUCUGCUUCUCCCAGGCCUACUUCAUCCACACACUCUCUAUAGUGGAGUCAGGUGUCUUGCUUGCCAUGGCCUAUGACCGUUUCAUUGCCAUUCGCAACCCACUGAGAUACCCUGCUAUCCUCACCAGUUCCCAGGUGAUGAAGAUUGGGAUUGGGGUGAUGAUGAGGGCUGCUUUGUCUAUCAUGCCCAUAAUUGUGAGACUUUAUUGGCUCCCUUACUGUCAUUCUCACGUCCUCUCCCAUGCCUUCUGCCUCCACCAGGACGUCAUCAAAUUGGCUUGUGCCAACAUUACCUUCAAUCGCCUCUAUCCUGUUGUAGUUGUAUUUGCAAUGGUUCUAAUGGACUUCUUGAUCAUUGUCUUCUCUUAUGUUCUGAUACUUAAGACAGUCAUGGGUAUUGCCUCUGGGGAGGAACGGGCCAAGGCCCUCAACACCUGUGUGUCCCACAUCUGCUGCAUUCUUGUCUUCUAUGUCACCGUGGUUGGGCUGACUUUCAUCCAUCGAUUUGGGAAACAUGCACCACAUGUGGUCCACAUCACAAUGAGCUAUAUCUACUUCCUUUUCCCCCCAUUAAUGAACCCAGUUAUCUAUAGUGUCAAGACUAAGCAAAUACAGAAUGGUUUUCUUCGCAUCUUGUCUCAUCACAUAACUGGACUGUGA